AUGUUUCGACGAUUCAUUGAGCGCACCACAAAUAGACAGGCUUCUGAUGGAGACGGAGAAUCUCUCACUCAUCAAAAUAGUAGUCAAAACAAAAGCUUCCAAGCCAAAGAGUUGUCCAGCUUUGUGGCCGGCAUUGAAGCCUGUGACAAUCUAGCUUCCACUUCGACAUCAUCGGGAAGAGUAGAAGCCAAGACUGGUCUUUCAGAUUGCUCUGUGUUGGUGUCAGCCGAUGGAGACUUGUUGAUUAUUCCGAGAGAAUUGGCCAAGGACAAACCAAUGAAAAACGAACGCACCAAAUCGUUUUUGGAUCAAACCUCGUCCGAUUUUGGCGAAGAAUACCAGUCGGCAAUUUUCAUGGGAAACGAUUUGAAUGCAGAUGGUGACAAACAGCUCAAUGGAUUUACUUCCAAGGGAUGGUCCGUUCCAGCAACGACAUUGGCAGUCAAACAAUCGGCAGAUUCCAUGAACGACUUUUGUGAGUUUUCCCAGCAUUUGACCAAGGCCAAGAAAAUAUCGGCCGCACAAGAGGGUUUUCUAGCCAAGAGACUAAAAGCAUUGACGGAUAUCACUUCCGAAUCCAACAAAGCUCGUUCGGAAGAAUACAAAUCCAUGUUGGAUGAUGCCUUUCCAGAACAUACAGUACAACUCCUGCCCCAGCGAGUGGGGCCACUGGCCUUUCAAGAAGGAAGUGUUCACACGACACUGAAUUCCUUGGCGAACUAUUACUCGCACGUGGCCCAAUCGGAAACAAAUCGAUGGAAAGCCGCAGCUGAGGCCACGGGUGCGCUGGGCAUGUUUGCGAAGGCCAAGGAACAAACGGUGCAACGAGAAUUGAACCGCCGGAUAGCCUUGAAACAAAUGAUUCAGAAAAAGAAGUCGCUGGAAGAACACUUGGCUGCCUGCAAGGAGGAUUCUAUUAAACGAUGGAAUGAGGUUCACGAUGCCGAAGAAAAGGUCACCCAUUUGCUGGAAGAAAAGAUUAUGGAACGGAAUCGACAAAAGGAACAAAAACGAAUGGAACGCCUCAAGGAAGAUGAAAAGAAACGAAGGCAAGAUGCGGCAGUCAAUGGAAGCAUGGGAACCACUCAAUCGGAAAUUUGGGACAUUGUCUCGGCGGUCACUGCCAAUAUGGAAGAAGGAAGCUUUGAACCCAUGGACUUUGCUCCAACGGACCAGUCGCAUGCCUCGGGCGAUGGGACCAUGUCGGAAAGUAUUGUGUCUGAAGAUGAUACGGUGGCGAGCAGUCUACCAAUAGUCGACCGACACGAUUUGGAACAAGAACAGGCACUUCCCGAGCUACGAGUAGCGGCUCUGACGGCGGAUGAAGCGGUGGAAGAUGCUGCUCAUGCCUUGUUGACCUUUUUAUCGGAAUGGGAUGUUACCGUUCGGUCGUCUAAAUUGGCGGCGGAAACCUGUCUAAUUGGAGCCUGCAAUGCCCAAGCCAAGUGUUUGCGGACCAUUAUUGACAUGGAACGCAAGGCGAUGGAGGAACGAAUGGAACAGUUGGAGCAUUUGGAGGCGGUAGCCUUUUACAUGGAUGUUCGGGCGGAUUUGGACAAUUAUAUCAAACUGGAUAAGACGGAAAGUGGUGGUUACAGUGUACUGGGAGAUGAGGAUGAUGGGGGUGUGGCAGCAGCUUUUACCGUCUUGGACGAUCAUGUGAAUGGAAACUUGGGAAUGGAUUUUGGGGCAGAUGCUUAUCAUGACAGUAUGACGGCGGAAGAUAUGGAGAAUAUGUUGAGUGCACCAGACAAUAUGGAAGAAAUGAUGGACAUCUUUUUCAAGAAUGAUUCGGGAAUGGGAUCUGAUCCGUCGGAAGAAAGCGAAGCAAUGGAUGAAUUUGAGAAAUCGGUUGCACUGCUAUGUAAACUGGGUCAAGACAAGACCUCUGCUGGUAGGGUGCACCGAUCAACAAUAUGCUAUGCUCUCAAUGCAAAACGAAACAACGAAGAUGAAGUUCCGACUAUGGUUCAAUUUGAAGGCUUGUGUCGAUUAUUCUCGGCCGUUCUGUCGGGGUGCAAUGCCAAAACUGCUUCCUCGGUCAAGAUUCUAAUGACUCUGUCACAAAUAUUCUUUAUCAAGGAUGCUGAUGGAAAGGAAGUACUGGUGAAGUCAAAACUAAUCAAUCAUCCUUUGUGGUCGGAUGAUGAACUGUGGGACAAUGUCUUGUAUCAAGACGUGACUGAAAAUUUGUCAAACAGUGGAUUGAUGGAAAACUUUGACCAUCACUCGGAGCGAACCAAAGUCAGGACAUACAAGAAGAAGGGCGAAUGGACUGAAAAUACUAAGCUGAAAUGGCACGAUUUGCGAGAUUCGGAUCGCUAUGAUGCGGCCUCGCAAGUACACGCAAUUGUCUUUGCCCAAUUAGGGACGCUGGCGCACACUAUGAUUGAAUUUGGAUGUGGCUUGCAUCGGUCAUGCGCCUUUGUAAGACGAAUGGCCGUCAGGAAUCAACUCCCCAUUUCGCAACGGACAAUGUUGUUGCAGCACCUGAUGGGGACGGAGAAAGAAGGAGCAGCAACGAAAUAA